AGAAUGAGUGUGUUUCAGCGUGUCGUGCAGCACAGUUGCAGGAAAGCAGCAGCAGCAGUUCUGGGGACGCCGCCUGGUGCACGGGAAAGUGAAAUGCUGGUUUCAUCUUCCUGGUUCAGCUGACUUGCUUGGCUACAAUGGACGAUUUAGUUAUACUUGACUUGCUCAAUUGCCCUGUGUGCUUAGGAAAAUUGGAUGCCACUGCCAAAGUAUUGCCAUGCCAGCAUACGUUCUGUCAACCAUGCUUGCAGAGGAUACUGAAAGCCAGGAAGGAGCUGAGAUGCCCAGAAUGCAGGACCCCAGUGCAUUGCAGCAUUGAGGAUUUGCCAGCAAACUUACUCUUAGUGCGCCUACUGGAAGGCAUAAAAAGUGGGCAAGGCUUGGUGAGGAAAGCCUCCUUUCCGCGACUGGGUGGACUGUUUGCUCAAGACUCCUUUCGGAAGAGCCGAGAACAGAAACCAAAUCAUGAAUCAAAUUACAGGCUGUUUCCAAAGGCCAGAAUUCCUGUAGAAGGGGUGCCAUGUGCUAAAGCUUUGUUGAGCUACAGAGGACUAGCCCCCAGCGACCUUUCCUUCAACAAAGGUGACAUCAUUAUCCUACGCAGGCAGCUGGAUGAGAACCGGUAUUACGGAGAGGUGAAUGGCGGAACUGGAGUGUUUCCAGCAAGUUCUGUAAAAAUUCUACGGAAAAUAGAUCAACCUCCGGCACUUUGCAAAGCCCUGUAUAACUUUGAACUGAAAGAGAAAGACAAAGGAGAAAAAAGGGAUUGCUUGAAAUUUACAAAGGAUGAUAUUAUCCAUGUAAUACGGAGAGUGGAUGACCACUGGGCAGAAGGCAAGCUGGGUGACCAAGUGGGGAUUUUCCCCUUACUCUUUGUAGAGUUGAACAGCUCUGCCAAGCAACUGCUGGAGUCAAAUAAAGGAAAAAGAAAAGAUGUGAAAAAUCUGCCUGUCGCCUCUCCACUGAAGAAGUCUCCAUCAAAAGCGAAGUCUGUGGACUCUGCUACAGUGCACAGAGUUACUGAGGGGAGAAGAAAGAGCCCAAGGCAGUUCCUCAUCACAAAUGCCCUAAAUACAAUAAACAAGAUUGUGAAUUCUCCCACGGGUCGGCAGGCUCCAGAAAUCAGCACCCCCAUACUUAUCAGUUCAAGUAACACAGCCAUCAUUGAGAAGGCCAGGUGCUUAAACACCUCACCAAACCAGGUCAAUGCUUCCUUUUAUUAUGCCACACUCGGAUCACAUGGCACAGGACCCUCAUUGGUGGCUUUUCCAAGUUCUCACCACAAUAUUCUGGCUAACAUGUGUGUAGCUCUCCAACCAUACACAGCUCAUGGACCCGAUGAGAUAGAUCUCCAGAAGGGAGAAGGCAUCCGUGUCCUGGGCAAAUUCCAGGAAGGAUGGCUCCGCGGGGUUUCAUUGGUCACUGGAAAAAUUGGUAUCUUCCCCAGCCAUUGUGUUACUACUGUUUACAGGAAACCUUCCAAAUACCCCGAUCCAAGGUUCCCUUCUUAUCCCACUAACUGGAUUUCAAGCAGUGCCUCAGUUUCCUCACAGGGCAGUGUGUCGGAGACUGGUAUCAGUAAGCCUGUCAGGACUUUCUUUGUGCCAUCUGCUUCAGUGGAACCUACAAAGAAGAACCUAUCCUCUUCCUCUGCACUGGUACCAACUGCUCCCCGAUGGAGGAAUGACAGCUUCAAAAAAAAUUUGACUGUUCAGAAGACUGUACAAACAAGCCCUGUAUUGCAGCCAGUGCCCAUCAGCAGAAUACCGUCAGCCACUGUUCAGCCUCAGCAGAUCUUUAUUAAUGCAGCAAAUUCCAAUGUCGGUGCCAAUGCUGAUACCUGGUCGAGGCCCAACUCAUGGUGUGAUGCGAUGAGACCAAUUGACUAUAGGAGAUACUCUGCAGCUAGUUCUAUUGCUUUUGAGCCCAAAGAGUACACAGCGAAAAAUUAUUCACCACUGAAACAGCCAACAUCUGCUCCUCCUUCUAUACUGGUGAAGCCUGACACACCUAAAAGUGCUUCUGACAAGCAGGUGAAGACUGUAAGGUUCAUGAAUUUUAGCCCACCUCCACCAAAGCGCCACAGCACUCAUCUUGAUGGAAAACUUGAACAGCUAUCCAGCCAGAUAGGUAAACCAGAAAGCUCCUUAGUAGCAGAAGCCCUACUAACCACACCACUGCGACCUCAAUCCAAUCAGCUGACGGAAAGCCGCAAAAUACAGCAACUUAAGUCUACAAGCAAUGACCUUAGCCUCCCACCACAAUCAACAUUGUCCUUUCCUAACAGAAGAUCCCUAAAUGAUGACUCAAAGAGGUGGAGCGCAAUAUAUCACACCCAAGAUAUCCUGUCAACCUAAUGUCUCUACCGUGAUUUAACUUGUGCUGAGUUUUCCUUUCCUAUACUGGCACAUUAAAUUAGAUUUUGUGUCGGAGAGCCUCUCUGUAAUUUUCUCAUCAAUCCAUUUUGUCAUACAGGACAGACUUACCAUGACAAAAAAAAGGAUCACUGGCACCUUCAAUUAUAAAUGUCUCUUUUACCCCUCAUUCUUAUUAUAAAGACAGGUUUGUGUCAAGACAUCCUGUCACGCUCUUUGCUACAUGAAGAUAUAUAGUGGAUGUAUUUGACAAGUUGACUGGGAUAUUUUUCUCUUUAGGAAAUAAGGUCACUUACUCAACAAGGUGAAAGAAAGAAAAUAGUUUGAUGCCCCUUCUCUUCUCUUCUUCCAGACAGCCGAACCUGCUUUUUUUUAUUUGUCUGGCAACCUUGGCACAUUUUAUUUUCAUAUAUUAUGCUGCUUUUUAUUGAACUGCACUCAUCUGAAAUAAAAUUCUAUAAUCAAA